UAAUCCGGAAGUGCUGCACCUCCCCGAGCGACUAGUGUCCGGUUAACGGUGUCCGGUUCUGCUGUUUUCUUUGUUAUUGACCGGUUGUACCGACUGCAGACUCGCACGCACCGGGGCUUGUCGGAGUUCAGCGGUGAUCUUGUGUUCAGCUGUGGAGCGGUGCGCUCGGUAAGAUGAGUUCAGACGGCGGUGGGCGUCCGGUGAAGGUGGGCUCGGUGGUGGAGGUGAUUGGGAAGGGUCAGCGUGGGACCGUGGCCUAUAUCGGCGCCACACUCUUUGCCUCGGGGAAAUGGGUCGGGGUCAUUCUAGAUGAAGCCAAGGGCAAGAACGACGGCACGGUGCAGGGAAAACGCUACUUCACCUGCGAGGAGAAUCAUGGGAUAUUCGUCAGACAGUCUCAGAUCCAGCUGAUGGAUGAUGGAGGCAGUUCAGCCACUUCUCCAGAGACCCCAGACUCAGGUGUGGCCAAGCUGCUGAAGAAAGAGAUCCAGGAAACACCCAAGACUGCCAAGCAGACGGGUCGUCCCUCAGUCGGCGGGUCGGCUCUGUCUGAAUCAGUGUUAGCGGAGAGCGAGUCCUCCUCGUCCACUCAGAUGAGUCUGGCGGCUCCUGUGGUCCCGCAGCCCAGCACUGCAUCUGCUCCUGCUCCUGCUCCAGCCACACCCAGCAAGGAGGAGGAGAGUCUGCGCGCUCAGCUGAAGGAUCUGGAGGAGAAGCUGGAGACUCUGCGUAUGAAGCGCUCGGAGGAUAAAGCCAAGCUGAAGGAGAUGGAGAAACACAAGAUCCAGCUGGAGCAGCUGCAGGAGUGGAGGAGCAAGAUGCAGGAGCAGCAGAACGACCUGCAGAAGCAGCUCAAGGAGGCCAAGAAGGAGGCUCGCGAGGCUCUGGAGGCUAAAGACCGCUACAUGGAGGAGAUGGCGGACACUGCAGACGCUAUAGAGAUGGCCACACUGGACAAGGAGAUGGCGGAGGAGCGAGCGGAGUCCCUGCAGCAGGAGACAGACAGCCUGAAGGAGAAGCUGGAGGAGCUGAGCAUGGACAUGGAGAUACUCAAACAUGAGAUCGAGGAGAAGGGCUCAGAUGGAGCAGCGUCCAGCUAUCAUGUCAAACAGCUGGAGGAGCAGAACGCACGUCUGAAAGAAGCUCUCGUCAGGAUGAGGGAUCUGUCCUCCUCAGAGAAGCAGGAGCAUGUGAAGCUGCAGAAACAGAUGGAGAAGAAGAACUCUGAGCUGGAGACGCUGCGCUCACAGAAAGAGAAACUACAGGAGGAGAUGAAGCUGGCGGAGGACACCAUCGAUGAGCUGAAGGAGCAGGUGGACGCAGCUCUGGGUGCAGAGGAGAUGGUGGAGACCUUGACGGAGAGAAAUCUUGACCUGGAGGAGAAAGUGCGGGAGCUGCGAGAGACCGUCAGUGACCUGGAAUCCAUCAACGAGAUGAACGACGAGUUGCAGGAGAAUGCGCGCGAGACUGAGCUGGAGCUGCGGGAACAGCUGGAUCUGGCCGGAGCACGGGUUCGAGAGGCGCAGAAGAGGGUGGAGGCGGCACAGGAGACACUGGCGGAUUACCAGCAGACCAUCAACAAAUACAGAGAGCUCACCACACACCUACAGGAAGUGAACCGCGAGCUGACCAAUCAGCAGAGCAGCUCUGCUGAGCAGCUCCAGCAGCCGGCGGCAGAACUCUUCGACUUCAAGAUCAAGUUUGCGGAGACCAAAGCCUAUGCUAAGGCCAUAGAGAUGGAGCUACGUAAGAUGGAGGUGAGCCAGGCGAACCGUCAGGUGUCUCUGCUGACCUCCUUCAUGCCAGAGUCCUUCCUGCGGCACGGCGGAGAUCACGACUGCAUCCUGGUGCUGCUGCUCAUCCCCAGACUCAUCUGCAAGGCGGAGCUGAUCAGUAAACAGGCGCAGGAGAAGUUUGAUCUGAACGGUGGUUCGCUGGAGAGAGCUGGACUGCGAGGAGCUGCUGGAGAACAGCUGAGCUUCGCUUCAGGACUGGUGUAUUCUCUGACGCUCCUGCAGGCCACUCUGCAUAAAUAUGAGCUGGCUCUGAGUGUGUGUGCAGUGGACGUGUAUAAGCGUAUGGGCACGCUAUACUCUGAGAUGUGUGUUCACGAGCGCUCGCUGGACUUCCUGAUCGACCUGCUGCACAAAGACCAGCUGGACGAGACGGUGCAGGUGGAGCCGCUCACUAAAGCCAUCAAAUACUACCAGCAUCUGUACAGCGUACAUCUGUGUGAUCAGACUGAGGACUGCACUGUCCAGCUGGCCGACCACAUCAAGUUUACCCAGAGUGCUCUGGACUGUAUGGGGUCAGAGGUCGGCCGUCUGCGAGCGUUCCUGCAGGCGGGACAGGAAGGGGCGGAGCUCUGUGUGCUGCUGAAGGACCUGGACACUUCCUGUGGAGACAUCCGUCAGUUCUGCAAGAAGAUCCGCAGGAGGAUGCCGGGAACGGAUGCUCCAGGAAUACCUGCAGCACUGCGCUUCUCUGAGCAGGUGAGCGAGGCGCUGGCGGACAGCAGGAAGCAGAUGGCGCGUGUGGUGGCGGUGCUACAGGAGGUGUCUGCGGCCGGAGCUCAGAUGAUGGCGCCGCUGCAGGAGCAGGAGGGACUGAGCGCUGUGAAGAUCGAGGACGUGGCCUUUAAAGCAGUGGAGCAGGUGUACGGCGCGCAGGGACUGAACCCUUACGAGUGUCUGCGUCAGGCCUGCAGCGCCGUCAUCGCCACCAUGAACAAGAUGGCCACCGCCAUGCAGGAGGGAGAGUACGACUCGGAGAGACCACAGCGCCCGCCUCCUCCAGUGGAGACGCGUGCGGCUGCGGUGCGAGCGGAGAUGACCGACGCUGAGGGUCUGGGAAACAAACUGGAGGAUCGAGAGACCGUCAUCAAGGAGCUGAAGAAGUCCCUCAAGAUAAAGGGCGAGGAGCUGAGCGAGGCAAACGUUCGUCUGAGUUUGUUGGAGAAAAAGCUGGACACGUCGACCAAAGAUGCAGACGAGCGGGUGGAGAAGAUCCAGACCAAACUAGACGAAGCUCUGAACACACUGAAGAAGAAGGAGAAAGAGUUCGAGGAGACCAUGGAUGCGCUACAGGCUGAUAUCGACCAGCUGGAGUCCGAGAAGGCGGAGCUUAAGCAGAGGAUCAGCAGCCAAUCACGAGCCACCGAAGGUCUUCGGGGGCAACCAGCAUCUGGAAUUGCAUCUAUUGUCACCGGGAAUGCUGCUGGAGGGAUGCUGUCAGCUCCAGCAGGUGUCUCAGGUGUGGUUCAGGUGGUUGAUUCUCCUCUCCUGAAGCAGCAGAUCGAUGUCCAGCGCAUCGCCAUCAAGCAACUCAAGAGCGAAAACUACAGACUGAAGGCGGAGCGGAUGCGUGCGCAACUGUCGUCGCUGCCUCCGCUGCAGGUGCCGAACAUGAAGAGUGUGAUGAUGAAGGAGAACACAGCCGCUGGAGCCCUACAGAGGAGGACUGACCUACUGCUGCACAACCUGAUGAAGAUGAGCGCAGGACUCCGAGUAGUGGACAUCACCGGCAAAACCACAGUGAGUGCAAGUGCUCAGCUGCUGGAGCAGACGGCGAGGAUGAAGUCUCUCAGUGACACUCUGGAUAAACUGCAGGCUGAAGUGUCGCAGCAUGUGGUUUCCCAGCAGCCCGGAGCGUCGGUGCCGUCUGACUUCGCCACCUUCCCCACGGCCACUUUCGUUAAGGCGCAGCAGGAGCAACAGAGUGGGUGUGUGUUGGUGUCGAAGCUGAUGAUCCCGUGCGCUCGAGGAAAAGAGCAGAAACACACACUCGUCCUGUCACAGCAGCAGCUCCAGCGUGUGCACCACCUGCUCAUGACGUAAACACACUCUCACACACACACACACACACACUCACACUCCCUCAGGAGCAUCUGGCUGAUCAGGCCAAGCACACAAACAUUCACACACUCCCUCAGGAACAUCCGGCUGACCAGGCCAAAGACACACACACACACACACACACACACACACACACACACACACACACACUGCUCCUCAGCUAGUGUGUUCCUCUUGGUUCUCACACACUUAUGCAUUUGUGUUUACUUGAUGGAUUUGAUAUUAAAUACUGUUCAGUCAAGAGAAUCUCCUGAUGCAAACACACACACACACACACACACACACGCGGCUUUCAGCUUUAUAGUGAUGAAGCCAUAAGCUGUAGAGAUCUGUUUCUGGCUGCAGGAUGAAGUAAACACUCAGGUAAUCGUGGCUGAUCAUCUCCUCUUUUAUUUUCUGGCGCAGAGUGAAAGUCAGGAUUGUGAGAAACACACUGAUUUAUUUCUUCUUCUUGUGACUGCGGCUGUAUUUCAGUGUGAUUUACAGGUUUUCACAUGAUCUGAGUUCUAUCAAAGCCUGUAACGUCUGAGAUGUGAGGUAAAGAACUGCGUGUACAUUAAAAUAAUCUAUAAUCACACAACUGAAAUAGCAUUGCAGUCCUAAUAUGUCUCUAUUAUAAGUGUGUGCAGUGUUGUGUGUGCUGCAGGAGUGUUUGUUGGGAUUGUGACUGCUUCAGCUCUAAGUUGAUAAGGUUUUCAUAAUUCUGACUUGAUCACACAAUUAUUGAUGACAAGCAAGUCUGAAUUAAACAAUAAAGCAGAUUACUUUAGUUAGGAUUGCAGCUGUUUUCAGAUGGUACAUUACAGGUUUUCUCACAGUUUAGACUUUGAUGCAGUGAAGUUGUGAGUUUAUAAUCUUGAGAAAUUAAUCAAAUUAGUUAUAAGAGUAAUAAAUGAAUACCUCUAGUAUUACUGAGGUCUCAGUUGUGAAAUAUAAGACAGUUAUAAUCACACAACUGGAAACAAGUCACAAUUUAACAACCACUGAAUAUAUUAUUUAUAUAUUUGGUCAACUUUAUAUCUUGCAGAAGGUCAUGAUUUACACUAAUUACUGUAAGUAAUUACUCUGUAUAGCUUUAUUUUACAUUGUUAGGUGAUGCAACUUUAUAUCUUGCAAUUAUUAUUAUUAUUAUUUUUAUUAUGAUUUAGUUUUUUUUAGGGGUUUUUCACCUUUAAGUCGUAUAGGACCGUGGAGAUUAGAGACAGGAAAGUAUUGGGAGCAGAGAGAGGAGAAGGGUCAGCAAAGGCCCUCAAGCCGUGAAUCGAACUCUGGUUGUCGUGAGCACCAUGGUGCUAUAUAUUGCCGUACUUAAUCACUACACUAUUGGCACAUGCUGACUCGUUUUUGUUGAGGCUUUCAGGUGGAAGCUUGACGCUUUUCUCACACUUUUUAAAUCACGUUUUUUGCAAUGUUUUGGACCUUCAAACUACAAGAUAUAAAGUUAGACACAGAGUUAGAAUAAAAAUAUAAUUGUUUGUGUUAGGAUUGGCACAUUCAGUUGUACUAAAUGUUUCUUAUGCAUAAAGGAAUGCUGACGGUCACGAUUUUUGCAUUAUUUUUUGUGGAACAGUUUUUGCAUCACAUUUUUGCAAUUUUGACUGUUGCAUUUACAAAAAAAAAGUCUGAAUUAAAAAAAUGAAUCCAGUUAUUUCUGUUGAGAUUGCAGCUUUAUUUCAGCUGAGAGAUUACAGGUUUUCUCACUAUUUAGAGUUUUUAAUCGGACACUUUUUGCAUUGAAGUUGUGUUCACAAUCCUAAGAAAAUCAUCAGACUAGAAACUCUUAAGUUAUGAAAUAUAAAACAACUAUAAUCACACAACUGAAAUAGUCGCAAUUUUAACAAACACUAAAUGUAUUCAUUAUACAUUUGUGCAACUUUAUAUCUUGUGUGUUAUAAAGAUGUGUGAUUGUUUUUUUUUUUAAGACUUUCACAAAAUUAAAUCGCUUUUAUUGUGGCUUUCAGGUGUAACUUUAAAGUUUUCUCACAAUUUAAACAACUUUUGAAUCACAUUUUUUAUAAUAUUUUAGUGAAACCUUGUAAAAACACACCUUCAAACUACAAGAUAUAAAGUUGCACAGUGUUAGAAUAUAUAUAUAUAUAUUAGUUUGUUAGGAUUGUCACUAUUUCUGUUGUACUAUUUAUUGUUUGUCAGGUACAGAAUUCUGACUUUAUCACACAAUCUUUGCAUUAUUUUUGUAAACUCACAUUUUGAAAAAUACAACACAUAAAUUUGAUUGAAAAAAAUCUGAAUUAAAAAAAUAUAGAUUUAUUGUAAGAAUAAAGACUCUAAACUCUCACAAUUCUGACUUUAAUCUCAAAUUUUCAUUAUUUUUUGCAAAAGAUCUUUUUCAAUUGAUUUCUUUUUUAAAUGAUCUUUUAUCAAUUUGCAAAGUUGCACCAGUUUAGAAUAAAUCAAUGUUUAAUGUUAUGACUGCAACUUAAUUUGUUAUUAUUGAGAUAUUACAGGUUUUCUCACAGUGUAGACUGUUUAAUCAGACACCUUUAGAGUUUAGAGGUUUUCACAAUCCUGAGAAAAUCAUCAAAUUACUAGAAGGUCACGUUGUGAAAAAUAAAACAACUAUAAUCACACAACUGAAAUAAAGUGAUUUUAACUGACACACAAUGUAUUCAUUAUGAAUUUGUGCAACUUUCUAUCUUGCAGUCUUUAAGGUGUGACUUUGCUAAAUUAAAUCCAUUUUUAUCUGGGUUUUCUCACUAUUCGGACUUUUUAAAUCAGAUUUUUGCAUUAUUUUAGGAAACCCUUGUAAACAGACACCUUCAGACUACAAGAUAUGAAGUUACACAAAUUUAGAGUAAAAAUAUACUUUACUUUGUUAGGAUUGCGACUUUAGUCUGCACCAAUAGCGUAGUGGUUAAGUGUGCUGGCAUAUAGCACCAUGGUGCUCACAGCAAACCAAGUUCGAUUCCGUUUGCCAACCCUUACUCCCAAAACUUUCCUGUCUGUAACCUCCGCUCCACUGUCCUUUAUAAUUAAAGGGGAAAACACCUAUGAAUAAUAAUUAAAUAUAAUAUUUUUUGCAUAAUUCUGACUUUAUCACACAAUUUAGCUUUUUUUUUUUUUUGCAAAAAACUAAAUUCUCAUUUUGAUAAAUACAAGACAAAUCCACAAUUGCUAAAACAAAGUCUGAAUAGAAAUGUUGAUAUAUUAUUGUUAGGUUAUUGUUAGGCCUGCAACUCUUUCAGCGGUGUGAUUUCUCACAAUUCUGACUUUUUAAACCACAAUUUUAGCAUUUAUUUUUUGCAAAAGAUCUUCAAAUGGCGAGCUGUAAAGAUGCACUAAUUUAGAUUAAAUCAAUUUAUUGUUUAGACUGCAACCUUAUUUAUGAUGAAAAAAAUAGGGUUUUUCCCUUUUCUGACAUUUCAUUUUACUAGAAAGUCUAAAUUCUGAGAUCUAAAAGUCACAGUUACCUGUUUUAUAUAUUUUAUCCUGUUCUGGAAAUGUUCUUCUGCAUAUAAAGAAGCUUCUGAAUCUUUAUACGGUUCACAUUUGGUCUUACAUUUAGCAUAAUAAGAGUCAUCAAGGUGUAUUAGUUAUUUAGUGAAUACCUUGAUUUGGUGGAGGAGCUGAAAUGAGUAAAUGUUGAGGGACUGUAGGGAAAUCCACAUCGAAUAGCACUAAUCAAUAAUCAUUUUUCACUGAUGUGUUACCCUUUGCAUUGUAGUUUUGCAGCAGUAAUUGAUUAAUCCAUCAGCGCUUCAUUAGACAUGAAGGACCAACUCAAUCUAGAGAUAACCACUGUUUAAUCUUACAUGUACACACGGCUGCAUUGUGUAACUCAUGUUUUCUGCAAGUGUGUGUUUUCUGUAUUUAACAUGUCAGAGCUUCAGCUCAUGAUCUCUGCUUGGUUUACUCUUCAUCAUGUUGGUUCAGUGUUUUAAUAGUUUAUGCAUUCGACAUGUUUCUUAUGGAGACGACUGCAAUAAAGAUGGAGAAAUAAGACAUUAAA